AUGGAGAAAGCCAAUCACGUCAACAUUGCCAUGAUAGAAGAUGCUGGCACCAACGGCAUGGCGAGAUCAAAGAUCGUCUCAGCCGUGGACCAGAACAAGCGCCCAUGUGGCUCCACUGUGAGCUUCCACAACAUCCAUUACAAAGUUAUGCUGAAGAGCGGCUUCCUCUGCAAAAGAAAAAUCACUACAAGGGAAAUCCUGGUCGAUCUCAAUGGGAUCAUGCGACCAGGUCUAAACGCUAUUCUUGGACCUACUGGAAGUGGAAAGUCUUCAUUUUUGGACAUUCUGGCUGCAAGGAAGGACCCCUCUGGUCUCUCAGGAGAAGUCCUCAUUGACAGAGCACCACAGCCUCCAAACUUCAAGUGCCUCUCUGGCUACGUGGUUCAGGAUGAUGUGGUCAUGGGCACCCUGACUGUGAGAGAGAAUCUGCGUUUCUCUGCAGCACUUCGGCUGCCGAGCUCGGUACCUCAGAGUGAGAAGGAGGCCAGAGUCAAUCACCUCAUCAAAGAGCUGGGUCUCACCAAGGUGGCUGAUUGCAAGGUGGGCACACAGAUGACUCGGGGAAUCUCUGGAGGGGAGAGGAAGAGGACAAACAUCGGUAUGGAGCUGAUUAUUGAUCCUUCAGUUCUCUUUCUGGAUGAACCGACUACAGGACUGGACGCUAGCACUGCUAACUCUGUGCUGCUGUUACUAAAGAGAAUGGCUAAUAAUGGCAGAACCAUAAUAAUGUCCAUCCAUCAACCCAGAUACUCCAUCUACAGGCUGUUUGACACUCUGACUCUGCUGGUUAGUGGUAAAAUGGUUUACCAUGGUCCAGCACCAAAUGCUUUGGACUAUUUCUCCAACAUCGGUUUUCCCUGUGAGCCCCACAACAACCCAGCAGACUUCUUCUUGGAUGUUAUUAAUGGAGACUCAACGGCUACAACUAUGACCAAAAUGCACGGAUCAGAAGAUUUGGACUUUGAAGAGCUCAGCAGCUCUCGGCAGAGUAUCGAGGAGCGUUUGGUGGAAGAGUUCAGGAACAGCAGCUACUCAAGUGACACAAAAGCCGAGCUGGAGGGCAUUGUCCGGGACAAGGAGUGUACAUUAUGUCCUAAAUCCCGGACCAUCACCUACAACAGCUCAUUUAUCCACCAGCUACACUGGGUGCUCAAGAGAACUUUCCAGAACCUCAUGCUGAGCCCACAAAUAUCUGUGGCCCAGGUGGGAGUCCACAUUUUCCUCGGCCUCAUUGUAGGAGCCAUUUUCUACGGGGUCAAAGAGGACCAGAGUGGUAUCCAGAACAGAAUGGGCGCCCUCUUCUUCAUCACCACUAAUCAGUGUUUCAGCACUGUUUCUGCAGCUGAGCUCUUCAUCAUUGAGAGGAAUCUGUUUGUGCACGAGUACAUCAGCGGCUACUACAGAGUGUCAGUGUACUUCCUGUCUAAGAUCCUGUCUGACAUCACACUGCGUACCAUCACCUCUGUCAUCUUCAGCUGCAUUGUUUAUUUUUUGAUUGGACUUAAAUUGUCAGCAGCAGCUUUCCUCGUCUUCACGCUGACAGUGACUCUGGUGGCGUACACAGCCACAGCCAUGACCAUGGCCAUCUCAGCUGAUCAGAGCGUUGUGGCUCUCGCCAACAUCUUCAUGACCAUCACCUUUGUCUUCAUGAUGAUUUUCUCAGGUCUUUUGGUAAACCUACCGAGCAUCAUGGACUGGCUGUCAUGGCUGAAGUACCUCAGCAUCCCUCGAUACGGCCUCGCAGCCUUGAAGAUCAACGAGUUUGUUGGUUUGAAGUUUUGUGAGGAGUCUGUGAUCAGAAACACAACCAUCAUGACUUCAGAGACAAACUGCAGCAUGAGCACAGCUGGACUGACAUGUACUGGAGAGCAGUACCUGGACUACCUGGGAAUAGAGUACACCACCUGGGGAUUGUGGGAAAAUCACGUGGCUUUGAUCAUUAUGGCGUUCAUAUUUCUCAUCAUUGCCUAUCUGAAGCUCCGCUACAUCAAGAAGUUCACUUAA